AUGGACACAAUUUGUGGUCCUGGGGAAGCCACCAACAGACCGGGUGUAAUCGACGACGCUGUGGAGCCGGGUUUCCCAGCAAAAGAAGACUCGAAUCUGUUGAUGCCUGCACUUCGGCGCCUUGAUGUGUAUCGCGGCAUCGGAGACAGGAGAUGCGGCGUCUUUCGGAUAGACACUGUUCUGCAACUUUUGGCGGGUAUGCCGUCUUUUUUCCCGGUCAGCAAGACUCUCCAUGGACGCCAACGAACUGCCUGUUACCCGCCGUCACCUACCCCAGGCGCGUCUUCAUCUCUAGGUUUUUCUGGCUCGUAUCCGUCUCGGGGAUCAGGGUCAGAUUCUGCAGAUUCUGUCGCUUCACUCGACCCUACCUACGAGUUAUCCGAUUACACGACCUCUCGUUCGCCGUCCUUGUUGCCUUGUAGCGAGGCGCAUGAUUCUCCACUUUCAGCCACAACGAUGCAUGCUGAGCGCGUGCUUCCCGAUUCGCUUUCUUUUCCUUCUCUCUACCCCCUUCGGCGGCGUUCUCGGCAGCAACUUCCAGAGAACCGUGACUUAGAACUGCCCACAAGCGCGUGCUCUGCUGGAGAGCUCUCAGUCGAGGGGACGACAUCUACCCGUGAGACGCCCUGCCAACUUGCACCGUUGCCAUCCCUUGAAUGCCUUGUGGUGGAGGCUCCUCUACCAGCCACAUUGAUUCGUGGACUCAGGGGACGCCUGCCGCGACUUCGGCACCUCAGCGUGACGCAGCUCAUGGGCUUUUCUCCGGAAUCGGUGAAACGGCGUGAUCACGGGGGCCAGCGAAACCGCGAAUUGUCAAACCUGGAGCGUCUGAGAGCUCUGCGAAGUUUCUUGGAAGCCUUGCCGCCCAACCAGCUCCAGUCUGUUUGUGUCUCUUUGUCCAGCGCUCCGACACCCGAGUGUCUCUUCAAUGAAAGGUCUCCGUGGGGAGGCACAGAGCAGGUGGAGGGGGACGAAGACUCUCAGCCCGGCAGCGUCCGUGCAUGGAAGACCUUGAUCGACCGCGUUGACAAGGCUUUACCUCCCGAAGAGGAGUCUUCGGAUACGAAUGUUGAUUGGCGAACGCAUGCUCCAGGGGGGCUCGCCGAAGAUGGAGACGAGGUUAUGGAGCUGCUCACCGCAUACCAAGCUGAAAGUCUCGAAUCGUUAUGGUUCCCAGACAUUCCGGUAUCGUAUCCUAUUCUUCAGCGAUUCCUCUCGCGGUGCAAGAAGGUGAAAUCUUGGCAUAUUCCAGGAUGGGCGGCGCUUAUGGCUGCGACACUCGGGGGGUCUCUGUAA